ACUUUAAGGAAGUGUAUUGUCCAGCACUCCACUUAGCUGGGUAGAUGCCAGAAGUGGACACACCUCUAGAUUAUGACCAAUCCGUCCAGAGGUUGAACCAAUGCUACCCGUUUAACUUAUUUUUUUAAGAAGUUUAUUUCCCAGACUGGACGCAUGAAAGACUGCGUGCAAGAACAGAAGUCAUAAGCUUAAAAGAAACGCAUCGAAGCCUGAACUCAUGGAUUGGAAAGUUCUUCAGGGUUUUCUCAGCGGAGUCAACAAGUACUCCACCGCCUUUGGAAGGAUCUGGUUAUCGGUGGUCUUUGUUUUCCGGGUGCUGGUCUUCGUGGUGGCUGCUGAGCGAGUCUGGAGCGACGAGCAGGGGCACUUCGACUGCAACACCCGCCAGCCUGGUUGCACCAACAUCUGCUAUAAUCACUUCUUCCCCAUCUCCCACAUUCGCCUUUGGGCCCUCCAACUUGUUUUCAUCACUUGCCCUUCAUUCAUGGUGGUGCUCCACGUGGCUUACCGGGAAGAACGGGAACGCAAGUACCGAGCCAAGCACGGCGAGAACACUCGGCUUUACGACAACACGGGACAAAAGCAUGGUGGCCUGUGGUGGACGUACCUGAUGAGCCUCUUCAUCAAAACCGGUUUCGAGAUCACUUUUCUCUACUUGCUCCACUACAUCUAUGAUAGCUUUAAGCUGCCCAGGAAGGUCCAAUGCGAUGUCAGCCCCUGUCCAAAUCUGGUCAACUGCUACGUGUCUCGACCCACUGAGAAAACCAUUUUUUCCUACUUCAUGGUGGGAGCAUCCGUCCUGUGUGUGGUGCUCAACAUUUGUGAGAUAUUCUACAUGAUUGCCACCAGAGUGGUGAAUCGAAAACAACAUGGCAGCAUCAGAAUUGCAUCGAGAAAGGGCCGCCCUGAAGUGGACUGCGACGGCUGCAAGUCCUCUCACGCUGAAUAGCUGAAGACCCCUUUGGGGAAAAAAAAAAUCAAGAAAUCUUCUCAUGCCCCUUAUUAAUCAUCUUUUUUAUGCAUUAAAUGUUAAGUAGUUUCA